GCAGUCCAAUAUGGCGGCACCCAGCUCUCCAAGUUGCUCAUGAGCGCUUUACAUGACCAGUAAUGUCGCUUCAGCAAAUACAAAUAAAAUGUCGUUCAUCUCUAACUUAUAUUUGAUGGUUAUACAAGUUCUUAAGUGCUGGACAAUUCAGCUAAAUUGACUUGCGAGUCACAAGGUUUGGAUUCAUCCGAUUAGCUUAGCAAUGAAAUAAACAAAUCUGAAGACAAGUUGCUCGGGCAGUUUUUGAAAUGGACAGAAGAGGUCAGGGAGAACAACGGCAAGGCCGUUUCAUCCGCAGACGUUGGGGCAGAGGCUCUUCACGGAGAUGGACGUCGGAAGAUCCGUGGAAUAGAUACAACGGAGCUGAGUCAUCGUUCCGAUCCCGUGAGAGAACGGCAUCAUCCACCUCGUCCACAUCUUCAUCAUCAUCAUCCAGUGGUGCAACUAGUGAUGUUCCAGAGCUGCCAGGAUUCUACUUUGACAGGGAGAAGAAUCGCUACUUCCGCCUGUUGCCAGGUCACAACAACUGCAACCCACUGACCAAAGAGCAGCUGCAGGCAAAAGAAAGGGAGAAAAAGAGAAGUAUGAUGCUCUUGGAGGACAACAAACUGAGAAAAAAAGCACCAAGACCAGGCUGCAACUCUACACUGUUGCACAAGCAAACACAACUGGGGUUGGUCUCAGAGAAGUACUUCUGUAGACGGAUCCAUGAAGUAAGGGCAAGCACAAUGAGACGUCACAAACUGAACCUCCAGACUUCAGACCACAGCUCCCCGGAUAAAGACAACUUCCGAUUCAUCAUGGCCGACUCUAAAUGCGAGCAGAUUUUCACUGUCAACGACAGCUCUCACGGAGGCUGCAAGUACGGCCUUAUGAAGUUAGGUGCCAGCCAAAGCUCUCUGUCGCUGGAGCGGUGUGACAGUUUUUACUUCACAAAUCACACGGUGAACUCCACAUGCUGGGCCUCCAUUAACUACACAGACUCACAUGUGUUGUUAUGUCUUGUGGGAGCGGCAGACACUCUUGGCUGCGUCAGUUUACUUCCUGCUUCUCUUUUCUGGAGCAGCCACACACAGGUGCCGGGACGUCUGCGUAGCCUCAAGAUCUGCUCGGCCUGGUCCUGUGCUUGGUGCAACAAUCCCUUCAUGAGCAACACAGUAAGCAUAGGUUUGUCUCGAAAGGUCAUCCUAAAGAACGCAGUGUCUGGAGAAACAUGCACAUUCAAAGUGAACACCGACGUCUUGACGCAGCAGUUUGCUCUUCAUGAACCAUUGCUCUACAACGGCUGCCGCUCAGGAGAGAUUUUCAGUAUUGACUUGCGGCUUCGUGGCAGCAGGCGUGAAAACUGGAAGGCCAGUUCUUUUCAUCAGGAGUCAGCCAUCACUUCAGUUCGGGUCCUGGAGGAUGAGAACUACGUGAUGGCGGCGGACAUGCUGGGCCAGAUUAAACUGUGGGAUGUGCGAAAGACUAAGCCAGUGAUGGAGUAUGCAGGCCACUACAAUGAACAUGCACAUCUUCCCAUCCACAUCAGCGAGCCAGAAGGGCUUCUGCUGGCAGUGGGGCAGGACUGUAACACUAGGAUAUGGAGUCUGAAGGACGCUCGCCUCCUGAGGACCAUCCCCUCACCGCACCCUGUUUCCAACAACCUGAUCCCCAGCAUCAUCUUUUCCUCCAACCUGGGAGGAAGCAGAGGGCUGACCGGCCUCCUCAUGGCCGUGGAGUCGGACUUGUACUUCUAUCCUUACAACUCAGAUGAGCAGGAUGUGAGCAGAUAAAUUCUGUAAAUUUUGUAAAGGGCUUUGGUCAUGUGAUCAAGCAUGUGACCAUAAUCACUCAGGAGAUUUUACUUUAAAACUGAGAACCGAAUUUGAAUAAACUUUUCCUCACAACUGUGGACAAUACUUUUCAUU